GUACAACACAAAAUAUCAUAAUACCACAGGUUGUUGAAGGAUUUGUAUCCCUUCCCCGUCUUCUUCCGCUCUUCCCUAACCCGGUCUUCCGCUCUUCACACCAAAACCCUAACCCCCUCCUUCUUCCGCCGCACAUCCCCUUAUUUCUAGCUAAAAUCGUAAGUUUGAUGAAAAUAAAGACCCCGACGAAGAAAAGAAUCAAGAGAGAGCUUGAUAAACGUGCACCUAAAAUCGUCGAAGAUGGGAAGAAAACUUUAAUACUUCACGGUUCAAAAACUAACCACGUAUUGAAUGCUUUACUCACCGAGAUUUAUCACCUUAAGAGGGAUAAUUCGGUUAAGUAUAGCAGGAAGAACGGGAAUAUCCGGCCUUUUGAAAGUGGGGGUGAAACAUCAUUGGAGUUUUUUCUUCAAAAAUCUGAUUGCAGCAUUUUUGUGUUUGGGACUCACUCAAAGAAGCGACCUAAUAAUCUUGUAAUUGGAAGAGGGUACGACGACCACAUUUAUGAUCUUGUUGAGGUGGGUGUGGAGAACUUCAAAAGCAUGGAUUCUUUCUCAUAUGAUAAAAAACUGGCUCCUAAAAUUGGAUCAAAACCUUUCUUUGCUUUCAUUGGAGAAGGAUUUGAGAGUGUUGAAGAGCUGAAGCAUUUGAAAGAAGUUUUACUUGAUUUAUUUAAUGGGGAGGUCGUGACAAAUUUGAAUCUAUCUGGAUUGGAUCACGUUUAUGUAUGCACAGCUUUGUCAUCAAACAAGGUCUUCUUAACUCAUUGUGCAUUACGUCUUAAAAAAUCUGGCACCAUUGUGCCAAGGGUAGAACUAGUUGAGGUUGGUCCGUCAAUGGAUUUGGUGCUUCGAAGGCAUCGCAUGCCUGAUGAGAGAUUGAAGAAAGAGGCUAUGAAAACUGCUCCUGGGAAAGCAAAGAAGAAGGAGAAAAAUGUCUCCAAAGAUACUAUUCAAGGAAAAAUUGGGAAGAUUUAUAUUCCUGAUCAGGAGAUUGGGAGUGUGCCACUGCCUAACAAAGCUAGAGGAGUUAAGAGAGAACGCCGUGAAGCUAAGAUGAAGAAGGGAACAAACCAGUCCGAUGAAAAGAAACAGAAGCUUUGAUCCAAGUGAUCUUUGUUUUGCCUGUAGGCUAUGUUGCUAUUUUUUAUUAGGUCAAUGCAAUUCUAAUUUCACAUUUUUCUUGCACUUGUGUGUGUGAGCUGUUUUACUAAUCCAAGUUUUGGUAUAGUGUAUGGGUAUGUGAUGGUUUUACUACUUCACGUUUCAUCCAGAUGGUCUGUAACCCAACAUAUUGUGUAUGAAAAAAGCCAUCUGUAUUCCAAGUUCAUUGUGUGCAAGGGAGAUAAGUUAUGGGAUCAAGUCUCCAUAGCAUAUUGAUGGAACAUUUGAUGUUUUGUGAGCUCUCACUUUGCAAUGGUAAUUAAUUG